UGGAGGGCAUCUUCAUAAGGCUCUGUGCUCUCUACCAAAACGCGGUGCGUGUUAAUGGAGAGAGGGUCACCCGCUUCACAAUGAUUGCACGGGUCUACAGACAUAUCCGAGAGUGCAUCCUCACCAAUGAUAGGGUGAUGAGAGAAACCACCAUCCAGCUUCCACAGAUGAACGCUUCAACAAUCUCAGACUGGUUCUCCAAGCGUGACAAGUCACAGGAUGUGGGGGUUACAAAGCAGGGUAUCAAUUUCCCAGAUGCACCCAUGGCUGGACCUGAGAAGCUUCCUGCGGCUUUGCAGAAAGGGCCGACCCUAUUUCCAGGGAGCUUGGCUGAGCCUCACCUUUUUGUCCUGCCAAGAAACACUGCUGGGGAGGCAAAACUCAAGAGGAGGUCACAACCUCCAGCCAUCUCCCAGGCACCACCAUCACAUCAAAGACUCCCUAUCAUUGCACCAGCAAUACCCGUCUCUCUGCCUUUCAUUUUGCCCUCCCUGCAGCUUCCGACAGUUGUAGAUACACCAUCUUCAGUGCCUGGAACUUCACAGGUGGUGUUCUUUAACGUACCUUUACCUUCUGCUAUGCCACCAUCAGCUCAGACACAAACAUCCAGUCAAGCUGUACCUUACUCCACUCAGCAGUACAGGAAGAGAAAACAGAUGAGGGAGGACACUGGAACUGUCACACGCAAAUAUGUGAGGAAGACAGAUGUUAUUCUUUGUAGAAAGUGCAACAAAGAGAGAAAGCCACCAUCACAUCUUCAGUACUUUGGCAACUGGUACUGCAAAGAGACUGAGACUCAGUCAUAUGCUGAAUGGAGGGCUGUGCUGGAGGGACGUGGUUAUGGGGAAAAAAAAACAGGAAAUGACAAUCCUCCAGCUCCUUAAAAAUUUCACAUUUUAUAUACACACUGUAAAUAAUACACACGCUAUACACACUGUAAAUAAUGUUAAGUUUACCUUGUUUAUGGUCAAGUUUUUUAUUGUUAUUGUUUAGGAUGACCUUUCAAAGUUGCACUACUGUGAUAAAUGUUUGUUUUGAUUUAAAAAAAAAAUUUAGUCUGACAUGUCAAAGGUGCACUGCAAAUUUUUGUUUUUGUUAUUAUUAUUAUUAACAUUGAUACGUCAGAAUUGCACUACUAUGUUGAAUGUUUAUUUUAUUAAUGUUUACUAUUUAUUAUGUUGACAAUCCUCCAGCUCCUUAAAAAUUUCACAUUUUAUAUACACACUAUAAAUAAUAUACACGCUAUACACACUGUAAAUAAUGUUAAGUUUACCUUGUUUAUGGUCAAGUUUUUUAUUGUUAUUGUUUAGGAUGACCUUUCAAAGUUGCACUACUGUGAUAAAUGUUUGUUUUGAUUUAAUAUUAUUUUCUUAGUCUGACAUGUCAAAGGUGCACUGCAAGUUUUUGUUUUUGUUAUUAUUAUUAUUAUUAUUAUUAUUAUUAUUAUUAUUAUUAACAUUGAUA